UUGAGGUUACAGUUGGUUGUUGGAAACUAACCAAUCAUAGCAAAGCACCUCGCCGGUUAAAUUGCGGGUUAAUAUUUAGAACCGAGUCUAUUUUUAACCUUGCGGUUGUAACCGCAGCCAAUAGAAUUUGCGAGAUAAAUAAUUUGUGGUUUUUUUAUUGCUACACUUACUAAACUGGUACAGUUACAAAGAACAGAUUAAAGAUAACGUAUAUUUCGCGUCUUUUAUUUGUUGUAAUAAAGUGAAUUUGUGGAUAUCCCAUUAAAAAUGCCUCCAAAAAUCGAUAUUUGGACUAAUGAAGCUGAACAAUUACUGAUAGAUUUAGUGGAAAGGAGGCCUAUUUUGUGGGAUAUGACCCAGUAUAAUUACCGGAGGAAUGACUUAAAAGAAAUACAAUGGGAAGAGAUUAGUCGUGAUAUGGGUGUGUCAUACACAGGUAAAAGAACAAUUUUCAUGAUAUAUGGUAUAUAUUAUAAGGUAUACAUCAACCUUAAUUGUGGCUUUAAUAUAUAUGUAUAAAAUAUAUUGAAUUAUAUAUAUUUUCAAAGUUCAUUAAAUUAAGAAAAAAGGUUAGGUUAGGUUAGGUUGUGUUUUAACUGUGCUCUUUUAUAAACAUAAAGAAUUUACAGUAUAUUAUUUAUUUCCAUCUUUUACCGCUAAUUAUCUUGUUGAUGCAAAACAUUUUGUUAUGUUUUUCUGUAGUUGAAAAAGUGAAAAAAAGAUGGAACAAUAUUAAGGGCACAUUUCUUGAUAAUAAUAGAAAAGUGCGAGAAUCAAAGAGGAGUGGUUCUAGUACAGAAGAUAUUUUCAAGCCAAGAUGGCCUCUUUACACAAGGCUUCAGUUUUUAAAGAAAACUAUUUCUAGUGCACAAAGUGUAUCUAAUUUUCCACCACCUGUGCGUGUAACACAUCAGCCAUCUUCUUUUCAACUUCGCUGUGAAGAAGAUUGCCAAAAUUUCGAUAAUACUGAUCAAAGUUCGCAUAUUCCAUUUCAGCAAACACCUAAUGAUAUUAAUGAAAUAGGAACUUUCUAUUUUGAUGAAACUUCAAAGAGACUAACAUUAAUACCUCAAAAUACUGAAGUGUGCAACCAAUCUAUACAGAACUUUUCUGAUUCUUCAGAGCAGGAUAUUGCAAGUUCUCAGGCCUCAUCUAUGUCACAGUGUUCAUUAUCAACUACCCAAUUUGCUUCAAAUUUAAUGUCCAAUACAUCUGCCUCUGCCUCUGUAACAAGUGGAACGAAACUGGCAAAAGAUGAAAUGCUGUAUACAAAAAGAGGGGCAUCCAAGAAGCAAAAGAGUGGGUUUGUUAUGGAGGAAGCUGUUGAAGCUAUUAAAGGAAUAGCCUCACAGCCAAUAAUUCUCCCUCCGUAUACUAAUCGUCCUGCUCAAGAUGUAAUUGAUAAUUUUACAGCCUAUAUAGCGGAUAAAUUGAGAGAUAUGUCUCCUAGGCGUAGAAAGUUCUGUGAAGAGGAAAUAAUGAAAAUAGUUUUUGGUGCCGUUAAGACAGAUAUAUAAAUUCCUAUUUUACUCAAUUUUACUUCGUGUUCACUGUUUAUGUGGUAAUUUUUGUUUAUGG